UCUCCCCUCCUGUGUAGAGAUAAAGAUGGGACAGAAUUGAUUAAGAGAGAGAUAAUUGCUUUCAGCUAGGCUGGGCAAAGUGCAUGGCAGAAAUUACAACCUUUGCUAAAGUGGCAGGGGAUGAAAAAAUAAAAAAAAAUCAGGAGAAAACCUUGGAUGUCCAUUCCACAUUCAUUCAGUAGAUGGCAGUUAAAAGCUUAUAUCAGAUUUGCAGUCGCCAUUUAGCUCCUAACAGCAGCAGAAGCAGCCUCAAGAACUAUAGCUGGUCCCCCACAGGGAGAGAGAGAGAAAGAGGAAGCUUGCUUCUAAGACGAGCCUUAACCACAGCCCAGGCAGGCACGCAAUGAGAAAGACAGCAGGCUAGCAUCAGUGUGACUGAAGCACCAUAGAUCAGCCACCAACUGGACCCUAAGGAGAAUCAAGAAGCUGAGCUCAAGAUCGGUAACAAUAAAUCCAGCUGGCUACUAGCCACAUUUGAAAGACGCUUCCUUGAUGACUAUGGAAAGCACAAACUGAAGAAUAUCAGAUUUAUUUAUUCUCAGGUUUUCUUUCUUUACUGAACCUCAUAUACCUUUAAAAACCAUGCCUGAACAAAGCAAUGAUUACCGAGUGGUGGUGUUCGGAGCAGGAGGAGUUGGCAAAAGUUCACUGGUCCUGCGGUUUGUAAAAGGUACUUUCAGAGACAGUUAUAUCCCUACAAUUGAAGAUACCUACAGGCAGGUGAUCAGCUGCGAUAAAAGCAUAUGCACUUUGCAGAUUACCGACACGACAGGGAGUCAUCAAUUUCCUGCCAUGCAGCGUUUGUCUAUUUCCAAAGGACAUGCUUUCAUUUUGGUCUACUCUGUCACCAGCAGGCAGUCCUUGGAGGAACUCAAACCUAUCUAUGAACAGAUUUGUCAGAUUAAAGGGGAUAUAGACAGCAUUCCAAUCAUGCUGGUGGGGAACAAGAAUGAUGAGGACCACAAUCGAGAGGUCCAGACUAGUGCUGGAGAAGCUAUGGCCAAAAAAUGGAAGUGUGCCUUUAUGGAAACUUCUGCCAAGACAAACCACAAUGUGAAAGAGUUGUUCCAAGAGCUGCUGAACUUGGAAAAACGCAGGACUGUGAGUUUACAGAUUGACAGCAAAAAAAGCAAGCAGCAGAAGAGGAAAGAGAAGCUGAAAGGCAAGUGUGUUGUCAUGUGAAAACAGCAAUCAUUUCAGCUCCUAACUGAACCAGGUUUCCAACCUGUAGACAGUAAGAAAGCAUGAAAGACUAUCUAAUUAAUAGCUGUUUUGAAAAGAAAUGUAGUAGAUUUAAAAACUGGUGUGGGGUGAAAGUACUAUAACCCUUUUAUAAAUUCUCCAGUGACAAAAAAUUAGUUCUGAACAACCAGUGAUAUUUAUUUCAAGAUCACAGAAAACAUCACAUUCAUAACUAUGCUAUGCUAUGUAUAGAAUUAUGAAAGAUGUAUUAUUUAUGUUAAUAAAAAUUUGGAAAACCCCUCACUACAUUUAAGAUUUUAAAAAAGUAGUCUUCCCACUUACAUUAUUUUAAGUUUCGUUUUCAUUAAUGAUCUUUAUGAUGCUUUUGGCAAUGUUUGAAUUGUGGGCUUCGUCCUCCCUUGGAACUCCUGUCUAUACUUCCAGACCUCAAUAACAUACAGCCCCAAACUGAUUUUUAUUCCUGUGAACAUCUGACAACUAUUCAGACAUCACUGAUUAACAGUCCAGAAGUAUAUGAAAAUGGUUAGGAAACAGAAAGAAAAAUAUGUCAUUGACCAAAGACGGAAUUUUACUGGGCCAGUGACUAUGAUUCAUAAUUUACUGUGCAUUUAAUCUUCUAAUACAGAAGUGGACUAAUGACUUUCUCUUUUCAAAGGUUCUAUGAUUAGGUUAUGUUAUUUUAAUUACUACCCUGAACUGAAAGGCAAAGUUUUCCAAUCUUUAUUCAUGGAAAAAUUGGGUUGGCUGUGUUAAUGACACAGGAACUUUUCAUGCUACCAGCUAAUCCCUUGUUGUAUAAACUGGUAAUACAUAGAGCAUCUCCUGGGAAAAGAAAAGUACUGUGUGGCCUAGAGCUUCCAGUACCAAAUUCAGCAUUUUUCUAGUAUGAAUGUACAGGUUUUGGCUCACAGAAGGAAAUCCUUGGCUGGCUGCUUUUGAAUGCAUGGGAUGAAACCACUGUGCAGUGUAACCUUACAAUGCUUGAGUCAAAAUAGGGGUGGAAAGACAAAUGAGCACAAAGCAUGGGAUCCAAUAGGCUCCUUCCACUAAAUGGAGAAUAUUCCAUUGGGAUAUGAAGCAUUUAUGUUGGAUGAAGGAAUUCUCUAACUGGGCAAAAGAUUCCUGUUUCAGUGGAAGGUGACUAUUUCCUUCACUUAGCAGAAGUGAUACAUUGGAAAAAUUCUGUAUCUGUUUAUAGAUUCUUUGGUUAUCAUUUGUUGUAUCUCUACACAGCCUCUUUAAAAACAAAUAUUAAUGUUUACAAAGAGACCUCCUUGACAACAGCAAAUAUUUAAGAUUUGAAAAGCGUAUUUAUUUUUUAAAUGGUAUGAGCAUUGUAUAGGCUAUAUUUUGCACCAGAACAAGCAACUUGAGAAAAGAACAUAUUAACAUUUUGGCAAGACUGUGUAUAUCAAAUUCUGGAGGAUGCAGUUAAGUAUUCAUAAAAAUAGCAUGCUUGUUACAUUUUAAAUGUCACCAAAAAGCUGUUUAAGUGCAUCAUUCAUUUUUGAAUACACAUUGCUCAUGAACACUUGAAUGCUGUGAACCCUUUCAUCUCAGUAGCCUUUUGCAUGAAUACAGAGAACCACAGGCAAUCAAGUGUCUGCAGAAUAAGGCCACAUGACAUUUCUAUUUACUUUCUAUCUUCCAUCUGGACUUUAAACUAUUUCCAAUUUUCCCAAUAGAGAAGUAAAGAAAAUUGCUAUACCGAAAGUGACAUCAGAGAGGCAUACUGAAGAACAGUGGAAAUGAUUUUAAUACAGUCACUAAAUUCUGAUGAAAGUAAUGUUUUCAGAACAGAGGACAUGCUUCAAAAUCAUUCCCACUACAUUUAAAAUGUCUAUUCAUCUUCAAAACAAGAAUGCAUCCAGUGUAAAAAUCUCAAAAAUGAAAGUCUAUCCCAUUUUCAGAAGUCUCUGAUUUCAUUUCGUCGUGAUUAAUCUAAUGAACAGGCAUUUAAAAGACCAUUUCUAAACACAUGUAGGACUUUCAUAUGUUUUUAACCUAGGUGGCUUCUCCUUCUAUUAGUCAAAAAUCCAGUGGCAUUUAGCAUGGUGAUAAUUGACUGCUUGUUUAAUUUGUCAGCCAAUGCUAAAAUAAAGUUUUCCACAUUUUAUGGAUGGAAUCUUAGUUGGGUCUCCAACAAGAAAAACGAAAAACAAAAGGAAUGAAUACUUUUUAAAACGCACUUUUAUAUAUGGUCAUUAAGAUAUCAGGGUAUAUAUAGUAUCAUUUAUUAAUUAUUAUUUUUAUUCAUGUACUUAUUUUCAAAGAUUUAUCCCCCAUCUUUUGAUCAGAUCAAAGUAGAUUAAAACAAUGUAUUAAAUACAGUACUGAAAAAUAUAGAGUUUGUGGACUUGUGCUUUCUGGCCAAACUGUCUUUCUGCUCACAGUCUGUAGUCUUUGGGCAACAGCCAUUUGACUAGAAUGUUCUUUCAAGCAGGGGAUGAACAGGACAUUGUGGCUAUACAAGGCAGUAUAUACAAUAGAAAUAAAACAAUAUGAAAACACAAUAAAACAACAAUUAUAAAAACAUUUAAAGUCUAAACAUUCCAGUUAGGACUGCCAAUAAUAAAGGCUAAACCAAAGUGCAGUCCAAAAUAAAACUGCUUCCUAAAAAUUGAUAAUGAGGUGACCAGUAUACCUCCCUAGGGAGACUGUUAUAAUUGCGAGGCUGCCAUGGAAAAGGCCUUCCAAAUGAGUAUCUUUUAUUGGUGGGGGAGUCAGGAGGGUAUCUUUUUUGCCCUUCCUUUUUCUAGACAUGUUUUUCCAGUGAGGAUAGAAAAAGGAGAGUUUGAUUUAUACCCCCUUUCUCUCCUGUAAGGAGACUCAAGGGGACUUAUAAACUCCUUUCCCUUCCUCUCCCCACAACACACACCUUGUGAGGUAGGUGGGGCUGAGAGUUCUGAACAAACUGUGACUAGCCCAGGGUCAUCCAGAGGAAAUGUAACAGUGGGGAAACAAAUCUGGCUCGCCAGAUCAGACUCUACUGCUCCUGUGAAAGAGGGAAUCAAACCUGAUUCUCCACACCGGUAUAGUCAAUCAAUAUUUUAAAUACACAUUGGAAUUUUAAGGCCAACCUAUAAAAGAAGUGGGCUAUAUGUGAUGUUGUUUUUCCAUCCUCUGUAGCUUUCCCUUCAGACAGGUGUGCCAUUUUUCAGGUAGUAGUAGAAGAAGAAGAGUUUGGAUUUAUAUCCCCCUUUCUCUCCUACAGGAGCCUCAAAGGGGCUUACAAUCUCCUUGCCCUUCCCCCCUCACA